AUGUGUUAUUAUGACGAAGNGGGUCAAGUGAAGAUCUGGACUGACCCUCACCCAGAUCUUCACCCCGACCCUUACUCCGACCCUUACCCCGACCCUAAAGGCGACCCUCACCUAGAUAUUCACACCGACCCUUACCCUGAUUCUUACUCCAACCCUGACCUCGACCCUUAUCCCGACCAUAAUGGCAACUCUCACCUAGAUAUUCACACCGACCCUUACUCUGAUCCUUACUCCAACCCUUACUCCGACCCUUACCCCGACCCUAAAGGCGACCCUCACCUAGAUAUUCACACCGAUCCUUACCCCGACCCUUACCUAGACCCUUACUCAUACCCUGACCUCGACCUUUACCCCAACCCUGAACCCGACCCUCAUGCAGAAAUUAGCCCCAAUUCCUGGCUGUGUGCGGGACUGAUUUAA